GGCCGGGGGCGCUGGGCUCGUCGCUGAGGCCGCGGACGCCAAAGGAGGAAGCUCGGCAGCUGGAGCGUCCCCUGGGGACACGCAGCGGCCCGGACUCCGCGGCUCCGGUGGGCGCCGUCAGGCCUCUUCUGCCCUACCCCCCGAUCUUCCCGGUGACCCCAGCCGAGCGCCCGAGCGCAGCGGGGCGCUGUGGCCCGGGGCGAACCAGGCCGGCCGGCCGGCCGCGCCGCCCGCCGCCAUGGAGCCCGGGCCCGCCGCGCCGCGGCCUCGCUUGUGCGACUCUCUCGGCGCGGACCAGACACCCUCGGCCUCUACGCUGAACGCGGACCGGGCCGAGGCUCGGCCAGCUGGGCGCCUUGCUCCCGCAGUGGCUGCGGUGUUGCCGGCGGGGGGUAGUGGGGAGCGCAUGGGCGUCCCCACCCCGAAGCAGUUCUGCCCCGUCCUGGAGAGGCCGCUCAUCAGCUACACGCUGCAGGCCCUGGAGAGAGUAUGUUGGAUAAAGGACAUUGUUGUUGCAGUAACUGGAGAGAACAUGGAAGCAAUGAAGGGUAUCAUUCAGAAGUACCAGCAUCAACGCAUCUCACUGGUUGAAGCUGGAGUGACCCGUCACAGGUCAAUUUUCAAUGGACUCAAAGCACUGGCAGAGGACCAGCCUGACUCUAAACUGUCUAAGCCAGAAGUUGUGAUAAUCCAUGAUGCUGUGAGACCAUUUGUUGAAGAAGAUGUCCUUCUUAAGGUUGUCACAGCUGCUAAGGAAUAUGGGGCAGCAGGAGCAAUUCGACCUCUUGUAUCUACUGUAAUCAGUCCAUCUGCUGAUGGUUGCUUAGACCAUUCACUGGAACGUGCCAGACACAGAGCAAGUGAAAUGCCACAGGCUUUUCUAUUUGAUGUGAUCUAUGAAGCAUAUCAGCAGUGUAGUGACUAUGACUUGGAAUUUGGAACUGAAUGUUUACAGUUGGCUCUAAAAUAUGGUCACAUUAAAGCCAAACUUGUGGAAGGAUCACCUGACCUCUGGAAGGUGACCUACAAACGAGAUCUGUAUGCAGCUGAAUCGAUUAUUAAGGAAAGAAUUUCACAGCACAUAUGCCUGGUUAUGGACACAAAAGAUGAGAAUCAUGUAGGUCAUCGUCUUGAAGAAGUACUAAAAGACGAAUUAAAUCAUGUAAAAGUCAUGUCUCGACUUCCAUGUCACGCUGGCAGAGGUCUUGAUCAAAUCAUGUCAGAGCAGUGCUACAGUUACGUUUGCGUGAAUGUUAUGAGCUCUGAUUUUGAGGAAAUCCGGAAGUUAGUGAAUAUGCUGGAAGAGAGUAAUCUUUCCACUUUAUAUCCUGUUGUUGUUAUUUCAGUGUAUUUUCUUGAUUAUAAAUCAGUACCUUUUGAUCAGAAAAUGGAAAACCUAAUACAGAUUAGGGAAUAUGCAAAGGAAGUGAAAAAAAGAAAUAUUUUAUUAUGUGGUCUUCUUAUAUAUUAUCCACAGGACGAGCAGAAGCUACAGGAAAGUUUAAGGCAAGGUGCUACGAUUAUUGCCACCUUAAUCAAAGAAAGAAAUUCUGGACUUGUUGGUCAGCUCCUGGUAGCAUGAAGAACACAGAGAUAAUUACUUAUUGGGUUUUAGAAACAUUUAUCUAGGUAUCUCUGCUGUGCUCCCUCCCUAUUAUAUGUAGUGGCAUGUUUAUAUUGUCUUUUAUGUCUCAUAAUUGAUGGGAUGUGAUGUUUGGGUUAAAAAAGUGGAUCAUUGUUUAUAUCUGUGAAAUAAAAAUAUACUUUUGUGCAUGUCAAAUAUAAAUCGAAUCAGAAAAUAGAUAAAUGGAAAGUAAUUUCUUUCACAUAAUCUUUGCACAAAAGCAUAAAAGAUUGAAUAGAAAUAAUGAUGGCUGAGCUAAUCAUCCUCGAAACGAGAAUUCAGAAAACAACCAUGAUCUUAUCUCUGUGUUAAUUAGCAAAUCACAUUGUCUUGAUACUAAAAGAUAUGACUUAGAAUUAUUCUUAAUACUAAAAUUGUCCUCUUUCCAUGUGAUAUUUUAACCUGUAUUCUAAUUUUCCACACCUUAAAAAAUAAAUAAAAGAGGAGAUAACAGGGAACUCUGGUUGAGAUAUUUUCACCGUUGGGCCCACAUUACUCUAGGUCCAUAAAGAAGAUGUAAUCCUCUCCUACUUUCUGUUUUAAAAUCAUAUGUUUUCCUUGGUUUAUGAAAAAUAAUUUUGACUUACUUUGAAUGGUCUCUGAUUUUUCUGGAUACACUUAAAAGAAGACUGGAAAUCCCCAUGAAAGUGAAAUUAUUUUGGUCAAUCCCAAAUUAGUCUUUUUUGAAAAGGAGGGAGUCAUUGCAUCUUCAAGAAUUAAAUUAUUUUUUGAUACAGAUACUGCUGUUGUUUAAAAUCAAGUUUUCAAUCUUUCAAAUUUCCCCUGGUAUAUACACCUUAAAUGUGUAAAUGAUUUUCCCUAAAACUAAAUUUUACAAUUAUGUACAUCCAAUCAUUAGAGAUAACUUUUAUUCUAUAUUUACAUUUACUUUAUAAAACACAUUAGAUCAGAUUCCAAGACUUAGGUUACAUGUGGAAACUAUAAAAGCUGCAGGAGAUGUUAUCUUAUCAGUUGAAGAUCGACUGUGAAAUACCUACCUUAAGGAAUUUCUUCUUAACAAGUUGGAUGAUUUUCUCUAUUUUUCUCAAGGAUCUAUUUUGGUGGGAGAGUUGAUGUUUUACAUUUCAGUAAUAGUAGAAUAUAAUGGACCUGGAGUUAUUACUAUAAUUCAUUCUCUUAAAUGAAAUGUAUUGUUUCAGUGUAGCUUGGAUGUAAAUUUCUGGGCUUGCCACUUUUUUCCUCUCUCUCUAGGGAUGUUAAGAAAUAUAAAAUAAAUGAUAUAAUUCAAAUUCUUGAGGAUGAAAAUAUAUGGAUAAUGUGUAGAUUUUUGGUUAGAAUGCCUAUGUCAUUGUUAAGGUGGUGGGUUGGCUGUGUUGCGAAAGGUUCACACCUGCACCUUUUUAAGUCUUCAGGUGAAAAUGUUUUAAGAAUUUGGAAGUGCUUAUAAAGGCAAAUAGGGAAAUGUUAUCAGGGUUUUAAAGAGAAAGUGCCUUUGAGUAAAAGGCAAGAAUCGGCCUAUCUAUGACACAGCAAAACUAUUCUAUCGAUUGAGUGCUAGUUAAGUUACCUUAGAUUCCAACUUAUUUAUGGACUGUUAUGCAAGAUGAAAAUUUAUCUAGGAGCAAUGACUGUGAGUUUACCCUAGGCAAUUGGAAUAGUGUAAUGAAGUUUUAGUUAAUAUUAAAUUGUGCAUGAAAUAAUUACCAUCAUCAUCAUCACCUUAUCAUAGCAUUCAAUCUUUUUCUUUACAGUUUAUAAAGUGAUUCACAGCUUUGAAAAUAAUUUAAAGAAGUCUUCUCACAUCCUUGACUGCUUAGAUGGAACUGGAGGUUCAGGGAUCUUUAACUGCCUUGUCCACAGCCAUGGGGCUGCGUAGUGACAAAAAGUAGGGAUUAAACUCAGGACCACUCAUAGUAAGUUUCAAGCUCAUCUCCCUGUUUAAUCAUAUUGCUGGCAAAGGACAUCCAGCCGAAAAGCUAUGGGAAGUAAGCCAGAGGCUCCAAAUGUGCAUUGGAGGAAUGGAUAAGGAGGGACAGAUCAUCCCAAUGACCAGAGGAAAGUCCUGAACUUUUGGCUUUCUAGCCAUCUUUCCAACAUAGACUAAUUGGUAAUUAUACCUAGAGGUGAAGGGAAUGGAGAGAAGUAUUAGCCAAGAGAGAAAGAUAAACUGAUUGUUUUUAUUGUUUAAGAGAUCCAGAGGCAAACUUUAUAGUUACAUUUUCAUCACUGCUUCUGUAAACUUAAUUACUUUCAUGGGAACUGUCUUUUUUUCACUUCAUUUUCCCAAAUAUCGUUAAAAAUAAUAGUAAUUUAUGCUUCAGGGGUGUGCAUUGUCUUCUACCUGUGGAAAGUUCUGUGGAAAGACUCUUUUUUCUAAAUGUUUGCUAAUUGAGUGCAAUUUAAUUAGCCUUUUAAAGAAUUUAACAGUGUGUUCAAUGGUUUGGUUAAUGACAUACUGGUAAGAGGUAUAAAUUUUUUAAAACCGCUCAGUUUGAGAGAUAACUUGUUGCAAGUAUAUGAAUUUACAGGUAAGAAUUAGACUUCUGUAUUCCACUCAGAGCCAUUCUUUCUGUGGUCACUUUAAGCGAUUUGCAUUGGCUCAACAGGUAAACUUUCACUUUCAUACUGGAUCUUUAGCACUAUAAAACUUUACUAUGUAUAAAUACAAUGAUCAUUUUAUAAAAAUUACAAUGCAGUAAAACAUUUUCUUAUAUUAAAUCUUCACAUUUUAUUUCCUUUUAAUAUUGAAACUACUUAGGCCAAGGAAAAAUAAGUAAUAGUUUAAGUGUUAAAGCCAUUUUGAUGAAGAAAGAUUGAAUUUUAAAAGUUUAAUUCAAAAAUAAACAGAAUAAAUGAAAAAUACUUAUCAUGUUGGGUUUUAUUAGUAUGGUUUAAAAUAAGUCAGAACUGGCUGUGUGAGGUGCCUGGGGUACUGUACCAUUUUAUAUGUUCUUGUACAUUUUUAGUUUCAAAAUUGUGAAAAAUGUACAUAUUUUUUUAAAUGACAGCAACACUAUUCAAGAUUUUCAAUAUAUUCUCUUUAUAAAGCAAAAUAUGUGUUUGAUAAAUAACUAAGUGGUUGGUAUUUUAAUAUCCAAUGGCAGUUAUCAUUGAUAUUUAGUGUAUAUAUACAUAUUUUUAAAACUAACUCAAUUACAAUUGAAUAAAUAUAACAUUUACUCCCAGAAAAUAACAGUGAUGUUUUAUUUUAUAGAAUUUGAGAUCCAGAUUUAUUAUUCUGUAAAAUAUAUUAAAAAUGUGCAAAAUCUGAAGUCUCAGGUUUUUUUUUCUUCUUUCCCUCAUAUUUAGCAGGUUUCCUAGCAAUUAAAAUGGCUGCUGAGAAUAUAAAAGCUAUAUUCAGUCACAGUGGAAUGGAGUACUGUGAUUACUUAACAGUGUCUGCAUGGGGGUAGUGAAUUGAAUUUGGUUCAGAAAUAUUCUUUCUUUCCACUUAGCUUCCAUAGGAGGAAUAUAUGUGCACACCUUGACUUUGGGAUUCACCGUGUAAGCUGCUCUGACCAGCAGAGUGAGGCACAAGUGGCUUGUGUAUGCUUGAGACUAGACUUAAGAGACUUUGCAUGUUGCCACUUGCUCAGUUCCGCUCUUGCUCCCACCAUGAGAUGAACAUGUCCUACCUGGCCUGGUGUCUCCAAAGGAAAACAAAAGCCCAGAUCAGCUGAUGUCCAGAUAAUCAACAAAUGGAUGAAGAGGCCCGGCUGAGAGCAGCAGGGUUCCCCAGGCCAGUUCAGGUGACCUCCACCAGACAGUUUUCCCCUCAAUAUUCUUGAAACUUCUCUCAAGGGGAGCAUUUUUUUUUUCUUCACCGUUUAUGUGGUACAUGCUCUCUGAACAAUAUUUGGCGGUGCAAUAUUUGGAGGGACUUCCAUAUGCCUGAGUCUUGAGCUAGAAGAAAAGGAUUUAGGAACUUGACCUCUUGCAUCUGAAAGAUUGCCAAGAUCUUGCUUAAAGCAUACCAACCUACAUUAAUCCCUGCUGAAAGUAUCAUGCAAGAUUUCAUCUUCCUUUUAAAUUAAGCAUAUCUUACCAGUCAUCUCUUUCUGCCAUGCAAUGACUAUGUACUCCUAUUUGAGACCUUCCUCCUGACUGAAUGUGUGAGUUAGAUAGCAAUGAUAUGAAUGGGCCUAAGACGGGAAGUUCAAUUAAAACACAAGGUGGUGGUGAUGCUUUAUGAGUUUUACAGAGAUGGCAAGAAAUUUUAUAUCUGCUGUGUCCUUCAAGUUGGCUGUAUUUUCAGUGUAGAGUGGAAAUGUUCCUGCGAAAUUAUUGAUCUUGACUUUUACCAGGCCUGCAGUAAAGUAAAAGUAACAAAUAAUGUCAUGCUUGAAGUUGGUGAAAAAAUAUUUGCAGUCAUGGUUGUAAGUUGGGGGUCAAACUCAGGAGCACUGAACCCAAAUCCAAGAGCACCAUGACUUUUUCCAGCCUCACAUAAUAUUUUUAUUUGUUUAGUUUUACUGAAGAGAUUUUUAGGUUAGUUAACUAGUACUUCCUGCUAACCUGUCUUGAUGUUUUACCAGGUCUAAUCUAAAAACACAUGCUUGUUUUGAGUACAUGUGCUGACAACUGCUUAAAUGCAUCAGCCCUUAUUUAUUGCAAGCUUUGCCUGUGCUUUCAUCUUUUCAAAGAUUUUGCAUGAUCCUUUGGUGUAGUUUACUUAAAAAAAAAAUGAAUAAAUUGAUGAGGUAUAACCUUCCAGGGAAAAAAAGUAUAAGGAUCCCAUUUAAAAAGUGCAAAAUAUAAACCAAACCUAGAAUAGGCAGCAACAGUUUACUCACGUAUAGAAAACUAGUACAGUUUAUUUCCUUAAGAGUGCAUUCAACUCUGGCUACAGUUAUGUAUGUGCAUUAUAAUGUUAAAUCUUAAUGAAUUCCUUCCUAAAUUGGAAAUACCAAGGAAAAUUGUCUCAGUUUAUGAAAUUACACUUAGCAGGUUUAUUUGUUCUCUCUCAACUUGAAACCCACAAGUUUUUAUUAAGGCUAUGGUUCAUAUUUCAAAUAGCAAGAAAUCUUCAGGUGUCUCCCUUUUCUUUCCCCUCAAAAUAAAUCUACAAAGCACCUGGAUUUAGAAGAACAACAUAGAUAUAUUGCCCAUUAACUCUGAAAACUAGCAAGCACUUCCAUGAUAAAAAUAAACAGUGCGUACCAUAAUCGAUGAGGAGGCAACAUCCCACAUUGUUUAUUGAUUCAUAAGGUUAAGAUUAAAGUGGGAUUCUUGCCUGUGUUUAUCAACAGAUUUUUUUUAAGCAGUGAGUGAACCUGGAAUCCCACAAACCAAUCAAUAAAGUUUAAAAGCUUCAGUGAAUCUAACCCAUAACAGGUCCUUGUUUGGAGAACACGCUCAAGAAACACAUGUGUCUUUAAGAGGUCUUGAAAGACUUUACACCCAUGGACCAUUACCAUUUCCAAACACCCUGCAGCAUUACCAGCCCAACAUAUGCUGACUGUAUAUCACCGUGACCCUCUCACUAAAGCUCUUUUGACUGGAGUGCUUUUAAUACCCACUUUCUCAGCUGAGCUCAGGAGUGAUUUGUUUUACAUGCCACAUUAAUCCUUUCCACAUUUUCUGGAUGAGGCAACCACAAUUCCACUUGUGAGGUGUUUCUAAAACACAGUUAUAGGAAUAAAGCAGCAGGGUCCCAGACUUGACAACGUCCCUCUAGGCAGCUGACAAAGUGGGCUAUCGUGCCUCGGUUUAACUCUUCAAAUGAGCAUUUGUGCCCAGCCACUAGGGUGGGCCAGUUUUCUAGGCCAGUAGGAGGCCCCAUUUAUUGAAGGCAAUUUACUCUCAAUUAAAACGCUGUAGGAAUCUUUGUAGACGUGAUGCCUGAUUGUUACUAAUGCAUAUUAGUAAAAUUAAAAUUAAGAAUAAAUGGAAAAGAGCCGUAGAACUGAAAAUAUAUAAAACACACCUCAGUAAAACCAAAGAAAGUUUAUACAUCACACCAUAAUUAUAGGAAAAGAGAUUUAAAAAAAUAAGUAAAUGGGCAAUUAGUGUUCAAAGCACAGCCUUUUAUUAUGUGGUAAUUUUAUAGUUUUAACUUUAAAGGCAAGUUCCCCACCCCCCAAAUGUAUUCCAAGACCAAUGAACUUCUGUUGCAUACAUCCAUGAACUUUUCUACAUUUUUAAUGUUCAUCGAAUAUAAGUAACGUAGGUUUUCAAAAUUUCAAGUUGUCAACAAGGCUAACUGAUUGGACCAACCAAUUGUUAAAAAAAAUUGUUUUUACAUGUCAGCACUUGGCUGAUUUUAUUAACUUGUUAGUAUUAUGCUCCCAAUUUUAUGUGCUAAAAUCUAACUGUACAAGCAACUUGAGGCCUAAAAUUGUGCCUUUAUCCAAUCCUAAUUUAUUGUUCUUCCCUCAUAAAUUUUAUUUGUAGCUUCAAUGGUCUGAAAAAGCAAUAAAUCAGAGUGAGGUGAGUUUUACAUAGUUUAGAUUGAGUUCCUUAUUUUCACUUGAAAUUAAUCCAGUCCGUUCCUUCUGGUCUCAUUGUCAUGUCGCUCAUAGUGUGCCUCCAAGCAGCAGAUGACUGGCGUCAAAGGCAUCCCUUCUAAGUUGGUGGAUAUCAGUUACACAUGCAUAGAUGAUAAAUCAUUUACAUAAAUCAUCAGAUUGGGGCACUCUCCAUAAAACAGAGUUCUGUGAAUAAAAAAAAAAUACUCUCCUACUUUUUUCUAAUCUCAAAUUGUUUUCCUUAGAUGAUCAGGAAUGUGCUUCUAAGUUUUCGUAAGAAGCAUUCUAGAGGAAGGUUUUACUGAAAUUUCAUUGCCACUGUUGAAAUCUUGGUUGCCACAAUGUGGCUGGCAUAAUAUAGGAGCUCAUUAAAUAUUUGAAAAAUGGAUGAUGGAUUCAAACACACCUCUUCACAUUCUAAACAGCAACCCGGUUAUUAACAAUAACAAUCUUAUCCAACAUUUACUUUAACACUAGAAUGCCUACCAAAAAAAGUUAGAUAUUCCCCAUUGACUUUUAAAACAAAAUAUGAUCAAGUAGAAGAAAAAGACACUGAUUAUAAUCUCACUGUCUUUUUCUCUCUACACAUACUCACACAGACAUGCACAUAUACCACACUUACCACAGACUCUAUUUAAAAAAAAGUAAUGUAUAUUCAGAUGUAAAAAGCAGAAUUAAUACUUAACAGAGUAUUAAUGCUCUGUAUUAAGUACUCUGCUGCAGACAGUUAAGUACUCUACAUUUAGAAUAUGUGUAUUUCUUUAAAUUUUAAAAUAAUAUAUAUUUUUAGAACUUUGAAAAGUUGAGUUUAAAUUAAUUGACCAACAAUUGAAAAAGAACUGUGAAUUUCCUCUAUCUGUGUUUUAAAAUUGAUUGUUAAAAAUGACAUUUAGCUUUUGGGCCUCUUGUCUCAAUGUCUAGAAUAAAAUCAAACUGAGAGACUUUCAAAGGAAAAAAAUGCCUGAGUAAAAAAUGAACUUGCUUACACUUUAUUGCACAGGCUCUGCUUCCAGUAUUUUUAAAGGAAACCUUCUAGAUUGCGUUCUUUCUCUAAAUUUAUGUUUAACAGGAUCUAGAAAUCCUUGGCCAGCUUAGAAACAUAAAAACAUUGUUUUUUACUCUGCUUGGACAUUUGCUCAUUUGAAUUUGGGUUCAUAUUUAGUUAUAUCCACUGGAAUUGCCCAUUCCUCUUUUGCCAUUGGGCAUUUUUUCAAUCUUAACAAAACCAAGUCCAUAUUAUAGGCCUGCUGGCCAACAUUCCAGGUAAAUGAAUGGUUUUAAAGAAAAAUGGUGCUAUUUUUCAAAAGCCUGACAUUUAAAAAAUACAAGUCCAGAAUUGAAGCCUUCAAUAAUUUUUCCAUGCCUAUAUGCUACAAGAAGCAAAUGGUUACACAAAUGAAUACAUCUGGGAUUAUUUUCAAGCUGUUAUUCCCCACCAGGGAAAAUAUUUAGAAAUAAGUCUCAGUCUUUGUGCUGGAACUACAAAGAGGCCAGCCAUCUUGAUGCUUUUCCAGAUCGUUUAAUGAUUUUCCUCAUAUUGUGUGGUGGCUUUACUGCCCUGUUUCGUAUGCCUUCCCAUUCACUGUUGGUAACCAUUUAUGUUGGGUGUGUUCCAAUUUCCAAAUCUGUUUUGUGGCAUUUAUAGCUUGCAGCUAAUAAGGCCAUUCAGUAUUUUUUAUAUGAAAUAUUAAAAAAUAUACUUUACCAUGGAAAGCUAGAGGAAAUGAUUCAAAAUUAAAAAACAGCCCUAUAGUAUGGAGUAGCCAUGCCUUUAAACUGCUCAGUGAGCAUGGGUGUGGUUGAGAGGUGGCAUUCUGCUUCUAGAGUCCAGGAGAUGCAGUGUUAGGUGUGUGUGUUGUGUAUAUGUAUUAUAUACGUAUGUGUGUGUCUGCAUAUGUAUGUGUAGUUCAGUAAAUGUGUGUACAUAAGAUAUGUGCAGAAGGAAGAGUAUCUGUUUAUCUUACCCUGCAACCUCUGACUUUAUAACUUAGAGCCUACAACAGAUAUCUACAUGUAUGUGUUUAUCUAUCUGUCUACCUAUCUUUCCACCUAUUUGUUUAUUUCUUGGUGUUAUUUCCAUUAUCAGCUUGAAUUUUAGAGGUUUUUUAUUUUUUUGAGUUUUGCCCUCCUGUGACUUUACGUAAAAUGAAAAUUAUUUAGAGUUUCUAAGAUGCAUAAAUACUAUAUGUGUAGGAAACUAAAAUCUACAUACUUAACUCCAAAUUGAAUGGUAAGGAAUUAUUAUUAUUAAAAUAGUCUUUUGGUCAAUAUAUGUUUAAGAAAAUCAUGUUACUCAUGCUUUUAUUGCCUCUUUCAAUCCAAUCUAAAUGAGAUAUUUAACAUAGACUUCCUUACUUGUAUAUAUUAGAUUCAGUUCAUAAGUUACUUUGAGUUCCUAUACCAUGCCAAAUUUUAUACUUAAUUUUUUCUUCAACUCACAAAGUAAAAGUGAUUAAAGGUUUUAAUUAUGACCAAAGUCUGAAAGAAGAUAAAAUCUUCUGAAAACGUAAUUAACUCUUUUAAUAUUAUCUCUGUGAAUUUCAGCUUCAAUGUCAUUAUAUCAUAUGGGAAUAAGUUUUCCAUAAGACAAUACAAGCUCUCAAUGUUUAAGAGUGCACAAAUAAUGCAUAAGGUGGAAGUGGGUUGCUUAGUGAUGAUGUGGCUCAUCUAUUUCUAUAGUUCUACAAAAGAAAAAAAUUCUCAACUGUAACCACAGAGAUGAGGAUGAAAAAUCUUGUCCUUAAGAACUAUUUUUAGGUUAUUGAAUGAGGGAAAACCGCCACUUACAGGAUAUGGGCCCUGAUGAAAGUGUUUGUAUUUCUUAGGCCUACAGAGAGAUAAGCUAAUUUCUGUAAAAAUCAUGUGGAGUGUUCCUACCCUUUAAUAUCACCUGUAUGAGUGGUGUCAUUUGUGCAAAAAGGCAAUAUUUGAACUCUUGGGUAUUUAUAUUUUUACAAGAAUGACAUUGAAUUAAUAUAUUUACAUAUAGAUUAAGUUUCAUUUGCCUUUUGCGAAGAAGACAGUAUAUUUAAUUUCACCAAGACAUGCUUCAUAUUAACAAUUCAUGUAGACAUCUAAAAACUUAGGUAGUUUUGAAUUAUCAAUAAUAUAUUCUUAUUUUGUAAUUUUAAGAGUACUAAGUGAUUGUUUGAAAGCAUUUAUCAAUAGGAGAGCAGAAAUUUAGAGAACUUCCUUAAUCUUACCCUUAAAAUAUAUCCAAGUUUAUAUCAAUAUUUUUAUAUGCAGCAUAUAUGUGUUAACAGAUUCAUGUUAUUUCUGAUUUUUUACAUGUGUACACCAAUAGGCUAUACACUAAUAGUUCGUAUUAUUGUUAUGUAAAUGGUAUUAUUAAUUUACAAAAACUGAUGGAAUUUUAGGUCCUGUCCUACAACCUCUUCGUUUUGCUUAAUAAUUCAUGGAUCACUUUCUCUGCCAGUACACAGAGAUAUGCACCAAUAUUUUUAAUAUUGCACUGUACUCUCUUAAAUUAUAAAUCAUAAUUCAUUUAACUAAUUCAUUACUGAUAAAAUAUUUAGAUUGUUUCCAGAUUUUAACUGUUAGGGACAGUUCUUCAAUAGGCAUCCCCUCAUAAACAGUUAAGCGUAAUUGGGCUUAUAUAUAAUAUAAUACUGUGUGCAUGUAUAUGUAUACACACACACACAUACAGAAAGAGAUUGUAUGUAUGUAAUUAAACUUAUGAUGGUUCCAAAAAAUUCUCAUAAUUUACAUUGCCAAAAAAUUGUCCAGAGGAUGCACGUUUUAACCCUUCUAUACGAACAUGAAUAUUAGCACGAUUUCUUUCUUCUUUCUUUUCCCUAAAAAAAAUAAUAAAAAUAGUAUGUGCUAAUGUACAAAUCUCUUAGCCAUACGGGACUAUAUAUAAUAUUAAAAAGCAAUUUUUACUGUCUUCUUCACUGGUCUUUACGUACUCUCUCCUCCUGGUCACACACCAAUCUCACUCCCCUAUCUAUUGCUAUAGUCUCUCCGUAUUUCUAAAAAAUCUCAGUGUGGGCAUGUGUUCUUAACAUAAAUACUACUUGUUGGUCACAAGUAGGAUCUUACUUUAUAUUUGACUCUACAAUACCCUUUUCUGCACCUGCAAAUAUAUCAUGCGUGUCUAUUUUUUUAAUGACUUCAUAUUAUGUAGUUUGUAUGCUAAUUUAUUCUUCCCCUUUUGAAAAUAUUUAUGCU